CCCUAAAUCGCUCUUAAAUCCCCUGACAAAUUCUAUCUUUUCCCCACUCAGUCGCUCCGAUUUCUAUUUCUUUUCUCUGUAAAUCGAAUUUCCGGUGAUCAUUUCUUGAUUAACUCGAAAGAAAAAGGGUUAACAAUGGAGACACCCCAGUCAUCACGAAGAAUCACAAGAUCACAAGUUAAGACUAUGGCUUCCGAGAACAGCAACAGCAACAACACCAGUGUAACCAUAGCGUUGCGAGAUGAAAACGAAGAAUCGAUGAAUGCUGUUUCGAAAUCAAGACAAAAAACCGGAAAACCUCAAGAAAGAGAAAAGUCUGCGUUGUUUGAUAUAACAAAUGGUUCACCAAUCGUUGGGCUUGCAAUGGGGAGCUUAAAGACUCCAUUAUAUUCGAAGAACAGAAUGACGAUUUCCAAUUCCGAAUCAAAACAUACUACAACUCCUGGAUCUGGAGAGUCUUUAUUGAGAGGUCAAGUGAAGACCCUUUUGCAAAAAGUUGAAGAAGAAGGAGUAAUCUCAAAGAUUUGUUUUGAACAUAAUCCUUUGAUUCAUAAACGUUUUAUCAACUCUCCAAUGGCUGUUCUUGCUCCAACACCUGCUAAUACGCCUCAAGUUUAUGACUUUUCAACUACUAACAAGAACGUUUUGGACUCUUUUACAGUCUCUCCUGUUGCUGAAAACUUCAAUUUUACUCAGAUGCUUCAAGAUGUAAUUCGUUCACCAAAUCAAGAAGACAAUGGUGAAACGGUUACAAGGUCACUUUUCAUGGAUUUCUCAGAGAAAUUUGAAGGUUCUGAGGAUUCAUCAGUGUGGUCGGUUCAAGUGAAUGCAAGCACAAGUGAUGAGUGUAAAGAUGGUGAUGAUGAUGGGAUGGAUGAGAUUUGUAAUGGGAUUAGGAAGAUGAGUGUCAACAAUGGUGUUAAAUUCAGCGGAAAACACAUAAGGUUUGUGUACAAUAGUGAUGGGGACGUGGAAGGAGAAGUGGAGUCAUCAUCACCACCACCACCAUCAUCAUCAUCAUCAUCAUCAUCAUCAUCAUCAUCAUGA